ACAACACUUCUAAAUAAUACACUCGCUUAUACAAUGCAAUUCUCCAAAGUUAUCGUUCCAACUGCUUUAGUUGCUGCUGCUGCUGCCGGUAAUGUUACCGUCACCACCGAAGUUGUCGUUACUGACUUCACCACUUACUGUCCAUUACCAACCACCGUUGUUGUUAACAACAAGACCAUCACUGUCACUGAAGCUACCACUUUAACCAUCACUGGUCCAUGUACUUUACCAACCACUUACGUUACUUCUUCUGCUGGUCCAACUAGCACCUACUCUAAUGUCACCACUGCUGAAAACGGUGCUGGUAAGGUUGCUGCUGGUGCCGUCGCUGGUUUCGCUGCUGUUGCUGCUGCUUUAUUAUAAGCUGAUUAAAGUUUAUUAAUUUAUAUAUAUAUAUACAUAAUUUUUUUUACUUCUUUUGGUUACAAAUAGUAUUCGGUUGAUCCAGUUUGAAUAGAUAUAGAUUUGGCUAUGUU